CGGUGGCGAAGAUCCCGGCCCGCCGCGCGAGGCACUCUGGGAGCGGAAGAAGGAGGCCGCGCGAGGGCUGGCGAGCCGGAAGUAGAGGAGUUGGGCCUGGAAGGGCCCAGGGAACCGCUACUGCUGCUGGUGUUUGCGGGUGGCAGGGAGCCAGGCCUAGCGAGCGGGGUGUGUCGCGAUGCCGGAGCUGGCGGUGCAGAAGGUGGUGGUCCACCCCCUGGUGCUGCUCAGUGUGGUGGAUCAUUUCAACCGAAUCGGCAAGGUUGGAAACCAGAAGCGUGUUGUUGGUGUGCUUUUGGGGUCAUGGCAAAAGAAAGUACUUGAUGUAUCGAACAGUUUUGCAGUUCCUUUUGAUGAAGAUGACAAAGACGAUUCUGUGUGGUUUUUAGACCAUGAUUAUUUGGAAAACAUGUAUGGAAUGUUUAAGAAAGUCAAUGCCAGAGAAAGAAUAGUUGGCUGGUACCACACAGGCCCUAAACUACACAAGAAUGACAUUGCCAUCAACGAACUCAUGAAAAGAUACUGUCCUAAUUCUGUAUUGGUCAUCAUUGAUGUGAAGCCAAAGGACCUAGGGCUGCCCACAGAAGCGUACAUUUCAGUGGAAGAAGUCCAUGAUGAUGGAACUCCAACCUCGAAAACAUUUGAACACGUGACCAGUGAAAUUGGAGCAGAGGAAGCUGAGGAAGUUGGAGUUGAACACUUGUUACGAGAUAUCAAAGACACGACGGUGGGCACUCUGUCCCAGCGGAUCACAAACCAGGUCCAUGGUUUGAAGGGACUGAACUCCAAGCUUCUGGAUAUCAGGAGCUACCUCGAAAAAGUCGCCACAGGCAAGCUGCCCAUCAACCACCAGAUCAUCUACCAGCUGCAGGACGUCUUCAACCUGCUGCCAGACGUCAGCCUGCAGGAAUUUGUCAAGGCCUUUUACCUGAAGACCAACGACCAGAUGGUGGUUGUAUACUUGGCCUCGCUGAUCCGUUCCGUGGUUGCCCUGCACAACCUCAUCAACAACAAGAUUGCCAAUCGGGAUGCAGAGAAGAAAGAAGGGCAGGAGAAAGAAGAGAGCAAAAAGGAUAGGAAAGAGGACAAGGAGAAAGAUAAAGAUAAGGAAAAGAGUGAUGUAAAGAAAGAGGAGAAAAAGGAGAAAAAGUAAAACAUGUAUUAAAUAGCUUUUUAAAUUUGUAAAUUAAAAUCUUACAAACUAAAUCAGUGUGCUGCUAGAGGGUUCUUUUUCACUUGACGUGCUUGUUAGAAAGCUGACCCAACAAGAGCUCUCUGCCUCCUGUCACUCUUGCUGUGGUUUACGUGGAAGUGAAUGGAGACUGAUCUCAAACCUGAACUGCAGCUUCAGCUGCUGUGAGUUGGGGAUAUGAUAGUCAGCUCAGGCUUCAGAUUGUGUGAGAAAAAUGAGGAGAAGUCAACAAAACAUUUUGGUACUCUUCAUUCGUUUAUCUCCAAAACCAGGAGUUGAAUUUUCCUCAUCUUGAAAGACUCUUGGGGUCUGUUUCUGGUAUUUUACAAAAUUGCGAAGUGGAAUGCAUGAAUUGCAUUAUGUUCUCUGGUAACAUGUAGAGUUCAGACCCUUCUGAACUCUGUUGACAAUACCACACCAUGUUUUGGACCCAUAGCUCUGGCAUCCUCAGGGGUUGUGAUCCAGCUCCAUAUAUUGUUUACCUUCAAAGACACAAUUAAAUGGCUUGAUUUUUAA